AUGUAUCCUAAACGAAUUUCUCAGAAGCUAUCCUUCAUUGCAUUUGCAUGUUUACAGUUGGUAGCGGGUUUACCUACAAAUACUGACCCAAGAGCGGAAAUGGUCAAAAAUGCAUUCAAGCACGCCUGGAAGGGAUAUACCGAUUUUGCAUAUGGACACGAUGAGCUUCAGACAGUGUCCAAUACGACAAGCGACUCAAGAAACGGAUGGGGAGCUUCCAUAUUUGAUGGAUUAGAUACCAUGAUCAUCAUGGGCCUAGAAGAAGAGUAUAAUCGUGCAUUAGAGCAUAUAAAAAAAGUAGAUUGGACCUUAAGCGACUCUCCCUCAAAGACGUUUGAGACCAACAUUCGAUACUUGGGUGGCCUCUUGGCAGCGUAUGAUCUGAAGCAGGAACCUGUUUUCUUGGAAAAGGCUGUGGAAAUAGCAGACAAAGUUAUCAUGCCUUCCUUUGAUACGCCUAAUCGCAUGCCUGCUGCUUUUGUGGAUGUUACGAGCGGAGCACCUGUAGAUGGCAACAUGAUUACCUUGGCAGAGUUUGGAUCAUUACAACUAGAGCUUGUUCGAUUAACUCAACUGACUGGUAAUGAGAAGUAUCAGAUAACAGGUAAUCAUGUUUUGGAAAGGAUUUCUCAAGUGCCUUCCAAGAUCCCUGGAUUGUAUCCUAUGAUUUGGGAUUUAGACAGUUUUACUCCCAGAAGCUCAUACAUCACUAUAUCUGGAGGCUCUGAUAGUUACUAUGAGUAUCUUUUAAAGACUCAUAUUUUAAUGGAAGGCAAAGAGACGCUUCAAUUGGAUAUGUGGAGUACUGCAGUAGAGAGCAUGCACAAGUACCUUCGUUCUGAGACACACUAUGGACAAGUCUACCUUGCUGAAAUUGAACAAAAUUACAAACUGAUGCAAUCAGGAGAAUUGGUCUGCUUUAUGCCCGGUAAUUUGUUGUUAGGAGCAGCGUACUUGAAUAAUGGUCCAAUAACGACAUUUGCUAAUGAACUGAUGAACUCUUGCUAUCAAACAUGGACAAACACGCCUACGGGGCUUGCACCUGAAACAUGGAGUUGGAUUGACAAGACUCAAAAUAUGGCUGUAUUCCCUGAUUUUAUGAGAAAGUCCAUGAUUACUACUGGAUUCAUUGCACAGGAUACUGGAUAUGAUUUACGCCCAGAGACUAUCGAAAGUUUGUUCUAUUUCUAUCGUAUUACUGGUGACAAGACUUAUCAGGAUAAAGCAUGGAAAAUAUUCCAAGCUAUUGAAAAGUACUGCAAGACCCCAUCUGGCUACACUCGUAUUGCAGAUGUUACAAAGUUAAAUAAUGUUGGUUGGUUAGAUUUUGAAGAAAGUUACUUCUUUGCGGAAACUUUAAAGUAUCUAUACUUGAUAUUUAGUGACCCAAGUUUGGUUUCUUUAGAUGAAUACGUCUUUAAUACCGAAGCACAUCCAUUCAAACUGAAAACGCCCAUUCAGGUUCAGGCCAAAUCUUUCAACUAA